GUCUUAGUCAGCAUUCAGUUCAUACUUAUAUUUAUACAAAUAUGCAGUUAUAACGCAGAAAAUACUUGAAAAGAUUGAAAGAAGACGAUCACUUCCAGAUGCAAAUUUUAAAGUUUUCUUCUUCACCUGCAGGACCUGAUGAACCUGAAACUGGCUCUGGACAUCGAGAUCGCCACCUACAGGAAGCUGCUGGAGGGAGAGGAGGACAGAAUCGGACAUCAGUCCAUCCUCAACAUCCAGACCGUCUCCAACUACAGUAGUAAAAGUACUAAUGGCUAUCACGUCAUCAGCAGCUCUCCUGCUCCAAAGCUGCUGAUAAAGACGACCGAGACCAGAGACAGCUCCAGAUACAGCUCUCACUGAGAGGAUGGAACUCAAGUACUCAAGUACUCUGGUACACGAGUACAGAUUUGUGGUACUUGUACUUCACUUGAGUGUUUUUCUUUCAUGCUACUUUAUACCUUUACUGCACUAGAUCUCAGAGGCAAAUAUUGUACUUUUUACUGAACUAAAUUUAUCUGAUAAAUCAUAUGAAAAUAUACAAGUAAUCAAUCAAUUAAUCUGAUUAAUUGGUAGUUAUUGUGUGUACUGUUUUCCUGUAAAAGUUCCAGAUGUAAUAAUGUAUUUUGUGUGUAUGUUUAUGUAUUA